AUUUACUCCUCAAUUCACAAGUAUCUUCUCUUCUGCUAAUGUUUAUACUAUGUACUCAUAUAUCCUGCACUACUUUGCCAUUCUUCAGUCUUGGAUCCCGUCGCUACUUUUCCCCAUAUACAUAAAAAAACAUUCAUAAAGCCAAGCAUGGAAGUGAUUCUGGAUCUUUUGACUAUGAAGGAAGGUUUAUGCCCGUGAAUCUGGAGAACAUCUUUAGCAAAUAUGCUCGAACAGUUCCUGACAAAUUAAGCUUUGCUGAGAUCUGGCAUAUGACUCAGGAGAAUCGGGUCACAUUGGACAUCUUUGGCUGGUUAGCAACCAAAGUGGACUGGAUAGUUCUGUAUGCUGUUGCUAAGGACGAGGAAGGAUAUCUAUCCAAAGAAUCUGUACGAAGGUGUUUUGAUGGGAGUUUGUUCGAGUUUAUUGCAAAAAAGAACGAGGAAGCUGAUGGCAAAAAGCAUAGCUGAGUCGUAUUUCAUACUCUUCAAAUUUGCUUAAUUCAUUGAAAUUGCAAACUUAGUCCAACUAGGUGUAAUUUGUGACUUUUAAAAGUAAUAAUUUAUUGUGUUCCCGACAACUUAAAUGGUUUGCUAAUAACUUCUUAUUAAUAAAAAUAAAAUUAUGAGCUUAAG